UCUAUCGCUAGUCUCCUCUUCUCUGCUACUGCCUGCCCCUCUCUCCUUGCUUUAGGUCUCUCUGGGUCUGUCUCCUCCUGUGUCUCGGUCUCCCUCCACGCCCUCCUUUCCGGGCUCCCCCGGGAAGGGAGAGAAAGGAAGGAGAGAGCUUAUAGGUCUUCUUCAGACCAGGUACCCACGACUGCCCUUCUCGUAGUUCCCGCAGCGUGGCUGGUCCUGGAGGGAGUGGGGGUCUUGCGCCGGGAGCCCCCAAUCAGCCCUCCCUCUUGUGGAGAAUUUUCUCAUGCUUCCCGCCUCCCCUCUCCCUCCUCCCUCAUUCAUUUUCUUAAAAAGGGCUAGGCAGCCCUUCCUCCUCCUUUCUCUCAGCUUUGCUCUAGUGCUCGGAUUGGCUGGGCGGCCCCUAGCUCUGACCUGGGCACCCAGAGAAGGUGCCGAUGCUCUGAGCACUUUGCAUACACUUCGUGGAGCCUCCUGGCAGAAGGCGAGCCAACGGGCUUGGCGCCCCAGCUCCCUGCCUACUUCUGUGCAGGGUUCCGGCUACAGACAGACAGACCACCCGCCCGACGGACCCACCGACCGACCGCUGCCUUCCCACCCUUCCACCGACUGCAGUCUUCCUCCCUUUCCCCCUCCCUCCUCGCCUUCUCCACUCUCCUCCUCUCCCCUUCCCUCCCCGACUCCUCGGUUCCCUCCCCCCACUCCCUUUCCCAAUCCCCCCUCCCCUUUCUCCUGUCUCUCGUUCUGUAUCCUCGAUCUAGAGCAAUCUCCUGACACCUGAGGGAAGUGCUGAGGAGAGCUGAGCAUCCGAGGAGAAGAAAGAAGCAGGGGGAGUGGAGGGGCUGGGUGCCAGAGCGAAGGGGCUGAGCCCCCCAGGCACGGGCGGGGCUGCUGCUGCUGCUGCUUCCGCAUGGCUCCUCGAUGAGGAGGCCAUCUGAGCUCCGGCAGCAUUGGAAGGAGAGUCUGGGACUCUGAAUAUCUCCUUCGGAGUUCCUUGCCAGAAUGGGGUUUUCUGAGACACUCUUCCUCCAAGUGGCAGACGACGCUCGAGACACAUCUCCAGAUGGCCUUUUCCAGGAAACUGUUGUGACACUGAGUCCCAGACUCUGCUGGGGUAGAGUUGCUGGUGGAGCUGACCACCACCAUGGAUGAUGAAAAUCUCUCUACAUCACCAUCAGUGGAAGGCAGUGCCUCCCACAGCCUGAUCCUGGGACUCCAGCCUAACAGGGAGCAGCCACUGAGAGAAGAGUCUACAGAUGAUCAGCUUUUCCCCUCAGAUGGAGCCAAAGGGGAUAGGAGCCUAGACGGAGAACAUGUGGUUAGCAGUGGGGACACUUGCUUGACUGAGCCUCCAGAGCAUUGGAAAAGGACAGAUACCCUAGCCUGCGGGAACAGUGCUGAGGGCAGGGAUGGUGACCUCUGUGAUUUAUCACACAUGAACAGUGAGUCUUUGGAGUUUGGGUCAGGCCAAAUGAUGGACUUGGAUGAUGCUGAAGCUUCCCACAUGAGUGGUUGCAGUGACUAUUGGAGGGAAAAAGAACUUGAGAAAGGGGAGAUCCCUUCCCGGAAGUUUGGGUAUCAACAGCCACUGAGCAGUGCUCCAGGGUACCCUUGUCCUGAAGUCAGGCUGUUCGAGGAGCCAGAGGCCAGUGAGAGCCAGGACGAUGGAGAGCCAUCCCCCUUUAAGGACAUCCGGGAUGGCUUUAGCUCCACUUUUGAGAAGAUUGUGGAGUCGGAGCUGAUGAAAGGGACAUACUACAGCAGCCUGGACUCCUUGGAUGUGUUAAGCCUCACUGAUGAGACCGACAGCUGUGUCAGCUUGGAGGUGCCCCUCACCCCUCUCAUUCAACAGCGGGUCAAGGAGAGCCCAGAGCCAACUGAAGUCCGGCCAGAGGACAGGGAUGGGGAGGGGGAGGAGGCCAUAGAUGGGCAAGAUGGGGCCGAGGCAGGGUUGGUAGAUGGAGACUUUGGGAGUCCCCUGAGACACUCCAUUACCAGCAGCCGUUCAGAAAAUGUCCUGAGCCGACUCUCUCUGAAGGUUGUUCCAAAUGGCUACCAUGCUAACACCACUCAGGAUCCAGAAGAGGAGGAAGAAGAGGAAGGGGAUGACACAACCAAACUUAUUAAUUCUGUCAGUGACCCAAGCUUGAAGGAUGCUUUGUCAGACUCUGAUUCUGACCUGGGCAGCACAGAGCAGCUGGACCAUGGGAGUACAGACACGUUGGCCAAUGGAUGCCAGGCAGUCAAUGAGGCAGCCAAGAGGUUAGCCCGGCGCCUCUACCACCUGGAGGGUUUCAAGCGCUGUGACAUCGCCCGCCAACUCAGCAAGAAUAAUGAGUUCAGCAGGCUGGUGGCUGAAGAGUAUCUCAGCUUCUUUGACUUCUCAGGCCUGAGCCUGGAUAGAGCACUCAGAACUUUUCUAAAGGCCUUUCCUCUGAUGGGAGAGACUCAGGAGCGGGAAAGAGUUCUUACCCACUUCUCCAGAAGAUACCGCCAAUGUAACCAGGAAGAGAGCACUUCAGAAGAUGGGAUUCACACGCUUACCUGUGCCCUGAUGCUGCUCAACACGGACUUGCAUGGACAUAACAUCGGCAAGAAGAUGUCCUGCCAGCAAUUCAUUGCCAAUCUGGACGGGCUGAAUGAUGGACAGGACUUUGCCAAGGAUCUGCUGAAGACAUUGUACAAUUCCAUCAAGAAUGAAAAGCUGGAGUGGGCCAUCGAUGAGGAGGAGCUGAGGAAGUCAUUGUCUGAGCUGGUGGACGACAAGUUCGGACCUGGGGCCAAGAAAGUGACCAGGAUCAUAGACGGAAGCAACCCCUUCCUGGAUAUCCCUCAGGCGCUCAACGCUGCCACCUACAAGCAUGGUGUGCUCACCCGCAAGACCCAUGCUGACAUGGAUGGCAAGAGAACUCCCCGAGGUCGGCGAGGGUGGAAGAAGUUCUAUGCAGUUCUUAAAGGAACUAUACUUUACCUACAGAAGGAUGAAUACAAGCCAGAUAAAGACCUGUCAGAGGUGGACCUGAAGAAUGCCAUUCGUGUCCAUCAUGCACUGGCCACCAGAGCCUUGGACUAUAGCAAGAAGUCUAAUGUGCUGAAGCUAAAGACAGCUGACUGGAGGGUUUUUCUCUUCCAAGCACCAAGCAAGGAGGAGAUGCUUUCUUGGAUCCUUCGAAUCAACCUAGUGGCUGCCAUUUUCUCUGCCCCUGCCUUCCCAGCUGCUAUCUGCUCAAUGAAGAAGUUCUGUAGACCCCUUCUGCCCUCCUCUACCACACGCCUGUGCCAGGAAGAACAGCUGAGGUCCCAUGAAAACAAGAUGAGGCAGAUCAUGGCAGAGCUCACAGAGCACAGGAUGCACCUGGCUGAGAAAAAUGUCAAAUCAAAGGAGGCAGAGGAGUACCGGCUGAAGGAGCACUAUCUAACGUUCGAGAAAAGCCGCUAUGAGACAUACAUCCAUCUCCUGUGCGUGAAGAUUGAAGUGGGCUCAGAUGACCUGGAGCAGAUUGAGGCUAGGCUGGCCACAGCCGAGGCCGAGGACCUCUCUUUGAGGAAGACACACUCCAGCCCAUCCCUCAGUCAGGGCCAUGGAUCCACAUCAGGUGGCCUGGUACAAAGGGAUGUCACAGAACCCAGCACUUAACUGGGAGAUGUGUGGACAGGCCACAGAAGCAGGGCCUCUGCUGAACUGCCCCAUGGAGGUCAGUAAGCAUAGUUCUGCCCUGGAGACCUCAUGGACUGAAUCCCAGUGGGCAAGCCAAAGGGCUCCAGUCAGGGUCAGUGCCCAGGAGGCCGAGAAGCUGCCAUUGUCAAGGUUUUGAUCCUCUUUCCCUACUCUAGAGAUGUCAGCAUCUCUAGGUCCUCAACUCUUUCUAAGCACUCCCAGAGAACUCCCUGUUGGGAUCCUCCAUUCCCACAGUUGACUUAUUAUGAUGGGAAUUUGUAUCCCUGCCAUAAAGUUCAUGGUUUGAGAGCAAGGGACCUUGGCUCUUUCUAGGUGCCCUUGCCCUCAACUCUUCUCACUAGAUUUCUUCCUCUUCUCCCCACCUCAGUCCAAUUUGCAGCCCCUCUCAUUAUGGGUGGAUUUCGUCAAAUCAAAGAUGAUCCUUCCUGUCCCAUCUUCCCUUCCCAAAAUGCAGCCCCUUCCCCCAAAACCUCACCCCCCCAGACACAUUCCACCCACUUGCUGCAGCAGAGGUCCCUUCAGAACCUCUCCUAUUGCAAUAAUCCAGGCCCAGUAAUGUUCCUCUCAUAGAGUCAAGCUGUCCCUGUUUUCAUGCCUGUGACUAUUGUUCUGUCCUUGAGCUAAGAAACACUAUGGCCUUUCACACACACACACACACACACACACACACACACACACACACACACACACACAUGAUCUAAUGAUGUGGGAGAAAGAGGAGGAAAAAGAAACAAACACCGGCUAGAAACCCUUUUUUACAAGGAUCUACCUGUUAUAGUGUCCCCCAAAUGUGUCCAAAGGCCUAGGGCUCAAUGUCUCCUCAGUGGUCCUGGCACCUUGAGGGAUAGAGGGAUGAUUCUCUGAGUUGCUGGGACUGUCCCUUGUUUGUUCCUGGGGCCGCCCUGGCUUUAGCUUUGACACAUACUGCUUGACUGUCCAUGCUGUGGAAAUAAAUAGACAGAGCCUA